AGGUCCUACCAGCUGUGCACGCACGGAGCAGCUCGAGCUUCUUUCACCAUCGAGUAUGAGCAUCCUCAUCAUCGGACAGGAUUUAAGAGCGCGUUCUAAAACUCGUUGGAAUGUUGUUAUUGCAUUUGGAUUCAUAUGAUUUUAAAUGUAAUACAGAUUUUUUUUAAACCACAUCAAACCAACUAGCCGAUUCACUUCUACCCCAGUCUUUAACUCUGAGAAAACCUUUUAAGUCUAAAGAUGUCACUGAUGUUUGGGAAAGCAAGGAGUUGUAACUUCUCUGCUAUCCCUGAGGGGGGACAACCUGAGGUCAAUGUGGUCAUCCUUGGAGUGAAGGGCUCAGGAAAAUCAGCGUUGACUGUCAAAUUUCUCACCAAGCGCUUCAUCAGUGAAUAUGACCCCAAUCUAGAGGAUACUUACUCUUCUGAGGACAUGGUGGACCAACAGCCUGUCGUUGUGAAAGUUAUGGACACAGCUGACCAGGACGGCCCAGUGAACUGUGAGCGCUACCUCUCGUGGGCCAGUGCCUUCCUUGUGGUCUACAGCAUAGACAAUAGACGGAGCUUUGAGGGCUGCCAACAGUACCUGGAGGCCGUCACCGUCCACACCAAGGCCCUGCAGCCAAAGACCCCCAUUAUACUGCUGGGCAACAAGCUGGACAUGGAGAGAUACAGGCAGGUGAGUAAGUCGGACGGCUCGGCCCUCGCCAACCGUUUCGGCUGCCUGUUCUUCGAGGUGUCUGCUUGCCUGGACUUCCUGUCUGUCCAGCGGGUCUUCCAUGAAGCUGUGAGGGAGGCCAGGCAGCUGGGCGGCAAAAGGAGCCCCCCGUUACGUCCCCUUUACAUCAGUGAGGACAACAAGCCAUUGUUCAGCCUCGCCACCGUGCCCCCGUUCACCACCCCCUGCUACAAAGAUCUCCCAGUGCCCGCCACCGCCAAGCUGGUGACGGUCAAGUCAUCACGGGCACAGAGCAAACGGCGGGCACCCACGCUGACGCUGCUCAAGGGCUUCAAGAUCUUCUGAUGAGUCGAUGGAGAAUGAGACCAGACAUAAAGAAUGGAAAUUUGAGACUUGUCUCAAACUUGUGCUCAAAGACUUGAGACUUAUGCUCAAACCUUGAGACUUAACUUGGACUUGUGCUCAGAGAUUUGAGACUUGACUGAGUGUCUCAGGCUCGAAGACUUGACUCAACCUGGACUUUCCUAAAGUGACUUAUUGACAAGUCUGCCAUAGUGGCUUACAAUAUGGACAAGUGAGAGAACUGUGAAAUAGGUUAUGAGAGACAAUGGACUGUGUCAUUGAAAAACAGAACAAAAUGGAGACAGAAUAACAUACAACCAAGCCAUCAACAUACUGUAUGCAGCAGAAGCUGUCAUGGUGAUAUCACCAUCACUUCGUUGGAGCGUGUACCAAAACGUCAUGAUGACUUACUGCACCUUCAAGUGAAGAGAUGGAACACUAAUUAUCAGAGCUCCUUGAGAGAUGGACAGUAAUGGACUGGUGUUUAAACUGUCAUUGUGAAUGUUGAAUUUAUAUUGCCAAAGUUUUCAAAGUUUGUCUUGAAGUCAGUUACUGGGACAAAGUUAUGUUAGUUGCCAAAUGUAUUGUGGUGAUUGGAGUGCAUAUGACGGUGAUGGUAUGUUCACUGUAGUAUAGAUUGCUGACACUAUGCACAUGUAUUUUUAUAUGCAUUUUAAUAAGCUUUAAAGGAAAACUCAUUUUAUCGAAUGAAGACAUAUUUUGUUCAUAUAGAUACAUGUUUUAAGUUAUUUGAUGUUAUAACACAAAGUAGUAAGUCAAUCUUUGAGUAAAAGGCCCAGUGCAGACAAAAUUAAGUUUUUC